GGUUUAAUGUUAUGACCGUUGUAUAAAAUUAAACAUUUUUCAAAAUGUGUGAUAAUGUUAAUAGUAAUCCAUUUGUUGGUUUAUUUACACUCAACAAUGAAACAGCUUUUAUUUCCCAAGAAGUAGUUAACAAUAUACCUAAUGAAAGUAUAAACUUUGAAAAGGAUGGUAUCUCGCAAGUUCAAACGGAAGAGCAAAGUUUAGGAAUAGCUUCAAAUAAUAAUGAAUUGGAAAAAAUUAAAUUUGAAGAAUUGAUUGCAGAUGUAUUUGGAAUCAUACUGCGUCAAUGGAAUAUAAAAACAUCUACUCGACAACUUGUUUUCAUUGACACAGAUUCAAUAGAACAUGCUAUUUUUGAAAGGUUAUUAUUAACAAAUCCAAAUUCUAUGUUGAUAUCUAAGGAAACUACCAAAAAAGAGGACUUGGAUAAUCAUUUUAUUCAAUCGGAAAUUGUAACUUACCUUUUUGAGUGUUAUCGUAGAUUACAGCGAUAUAAAAAAAGUGAUGGAUUUUAUGAUAUAGUUGAAAAUAUUCAAGUAAUAAUUAUGCGUAAUAUUAGUACUGCCUUACAGGAACCUGAAAUAUUUCUAGAUCAAGAGGUUUAUAUACAGUUUAUAUCAUUGUUUAAGGAUGGUGGAAAUACUUGCUCUGAUUUAAUAUCAUUUAUUAAUGAUGUAAUAAAAUAUCUGUGUUUAGAAAAUAAGGGAUCUGAAACAGAAAUUAUUAAUAUAACAUUUAGUUCAAUUCUUAAUAUAAUACAUAAAGAAGUGGAUAAUAGUGAUCUUCUUCAAUUCAAACAAUAUUGGUUUUCUAUUUUACAAAUUUUUGCUAUAAUAGAACCUUUAGCAAAACUUAUAAUUACUCAUAGUAGUAUUAAAAGCAGAAAUGGUAAAGCUUAUGCUGAUACAUUAUUGGGGUCUUUAUUGAAUCUUAGUUGUUUACCAAAAACAAUUAAUGGACCUUAUUAUUUUUAUAAUAAACCAUUUGAGCAGCAAAAUUCAAUAAUUGAUCAAAAUAUAUGGAUUGCAUUAGAUGGAUUAAGCGAAUCAUUGCAUAAAAUUUUUCAUGCCUUGCUCAAGUGUUCGUAUGAAGUUCGUCAUAUGACUUUACUGUGGAUAGGAGAUUGUAUACAUGCAAAUGAAAAUCGUGGAAAAUUAUGGAAUUCACAUAAUGAAAUUAUUGAUGAUAAAUCAGUAUCAGAUGGAUUUAUGCUUAAUUUAGGAAAUGUUUUACUAAAAUUAUGUCAGCCAUUUUGUUCAAAACCAAAUGAUAUUAAAAUUUUAAAAAUAGAUCCUACAUAUUGUGUUGCUCAGGUGAAUGAAAAUGAACAUUACGAAGAACGAUUACAUGUGAUAAGUUUGAGUUCAAGAACUUGUUUGAUUCCCACACCAGAAGGUGAAAAUCGUUUAAUGGCAACUUCUUUUAAUUUUAUGACUGAAUGUUUUUAUCUUACACAUCUUUCUCUUGAUCUUGGUUAUCGCAUUAUUUUAGAAAAGCUAUUUAAAGUAAGUCAAGACUUAGCAAGAAUUCAAAGACUUUAUAAUGAUGUUAGACAUGGAAGUACUUCUGAGGUCAGUGAACUUAUAACUGAAAGAAUGGAAAACCAUAUGGCAAAAUAUUUAACAAUGAAAGCAAGCUUAUUAACUCCUGAUAUACUUAAUCUUUUAGCAAAAUUCCAUUCAGCAACUGCUUUCUGGUUAAUUCAAGUAAAUAUAGAUACAAGAUUGCAAGAAUUAAAUCAAGAUACUUAUGCUCCUUGUGUGUAUAAAGUUAUUACAUUUCCUUUUUCUGAAAGAGUUCCUGAAACUUUGAGAUGUAUACCUGAGUUUAUAAUUGAAAAUACUAUAAGUUUUUUAUGUUUUCUUCGACGUUGGUGUCCUAAUAUUUUUGAAGAGCAGGGUCCGAACUUCUUAAAUCCAAUUUUGACAGAGGUAGUUGCUUUAAUGGAAUCUCCAACUAGACUUCAUAAUCCACAUUUACGUGCUCGAUUAGCAGAAGGACUUGAAGCACUUUUACCUAAUAAUGAUCAUAUAAAUAAUCAUUCUACAGCAAGUCUUGGAAUAUAUCAUAGGCAACAACUUUUUCUUACACAUCCUCAUAAACACAUAAUUGUACAGAAUUUACUGCAUGUUUUUGUAAGUAUUGAGAUGACUGGGCAGAGUGUUCAGUUUGAACAAAAAUUUAAUUAUCGCAGACCAAUGUAUACAGUAAUGGCGUAUUUAUGGAAAAUACCAGAAUAUCAAAAUAAUUUUAAACAAUUAGCAGAUGAAGCAUUGGUUAAUAUGGAAGCUCCUCAGCCACCUCUUUUUUUGAGAUUCAUUAAUCUUUUAACAAAUGAUGCUGUAUUUUUACUUGAUGAUGCACUUUCAAACAUAGCACAGUUGAGACAAAUGAUAAACGCACGAGAUAGUGGGGAAUGGGAUAAGCUUUCUCAGCAUGAAAAAGAGCAACAACAUUAUUACCUUGAGCAUAUUGGAACAAUUGCAAGAUUUAACAAUAUUUUAGGCAGAGAAACAAUACAAACAUUAAAAAUUUUAACAUCUGAGAUAAAAUCAGUAUUUUGUCACGCGACAAUGGUGGAUCGUAUAGCUUCUAUGUUAAAUUAUUUACUUUUGCAAUUAGUAGGUCCAAACAAAAAAAAUUUAAAGAUCAAACACCAAAAAGAAUAUGAUUUUAAUCCAGCUAAUCUUGUUUUAAAUAUAUGUGAAAUUUAUAUUAAUUUAAGUAAAAAUGAUAAUUUUACUCUUGCCGUCUCACAGGAUGGGCGAUCUUAUAGUUAUGAAUUAUUUAAAUUAACUAUAGAAGUUUUAGUCCGUAUUGGUGGAGUUGGAAUUUUAAAUGACCUUGACAUGUUUGCAAAAAAGGUGAAUCAAACUGCAAUUCAAAAGAAAGAAGAAGAAGAAAUUUUAGUAGAUGCUCCUGAAGAAUUUCUUGAUCCUAUUAUGUCAACGCUAAUGACGGACCCUGUUGUUCUACCAUCGUCAAAAACUAUAAUCGACCGUCAAACUAUAGCAAGGCAUUUACUAAGUGAUCAAACAGAUCCUUUUAAUAGAUCUCCUUUAACAAUGGAUAUGGUUACAACAGAAGUUUGUCUCAAAGUUCAAAUAGAAAAAUGGAUAGAACAAAAAAGAAAAGAACGACAAACUUCUAAUUAUGGUAAUUAAUAAAAUGCGAUGCUUAGGAAUGUACAAAAUGUGAACGUUGUAAUUAUUUUUGUUUUUUAUAUUUUAGUUAAAAAUUUUAUAAUUUUACAAAUCUUUA